AUGCCUUCUGCCGUGAUCACGAGUGUUCCCCAAGUCGUAGAUGUAGCCAUUGUAGGCGGAGGUCCUACUGGGCUCACUACUGCACUUUUGCUUCACAGACUUGGAGUCCAAGUAUCCGUAAUAGAUGGAAAGCCUGCUAGCCUGGAUUUGGGCCGGGCUGAUGCGUUGAAUGCGAGAACGCAACAGUAUCUAGAAGUAGCAGAUUUGCUAGAUGAGCUGCUGCCCCAGGGAUUGAAGUGUAACACAAGCUCUACGUUUGGAGAUGGCGAGUUCAAGUCGCGCCAGAACCAGUGGUGGGUGAGCCUCCAACAUGCUCUGCAUAAGAACUUCCUUAUGAUUGGCCAGCCCGUUAUUGAGAAGAUGCUCAGUGACCGACUGAGCGAUUUGGUUCAUUAUGGAGAACAGGUUGUAUCGCUGGAGGAAGGAGAUGACUCUGUCGAAAUUGUCACAGACGCUGGCCGUGUUGUUCGCAGCAAAUAUGUUCUCGGCGCAGACGGUGCAAGGUCGUUUGUUCGCAAAGCCAUUGGCGCAACAUUUACCGGAACAAAGCCAGAGAUGUUAUGGGCUGUUCUGGAUACCUUUAUCGAGACAGACUUCCCAGAGUGCCCGGAGAUUAUUACGUUUCAGCUCGACGGCCAAUCGCGCGUGUCCUGGAUCCCACGAGAGCGAGGCCUUUGCAGAUUCUACGUCCUCUUGGAUGGAGAAGUAACAUGCGAGCGUGCACAAGAAUCUAUCAAGGAGCACCUGGCGCCUCAUAAGAUUGAGUUUACAAAGAUAGAAUGGUACAGCACCUUUGAUGUCAAGGAACGAAUUGCUUCCACCUUUAUAUCAAAAGAUGGUAGCGGACGGGUCUUCUUGGGAGGUGACGCUGCUCAUGUCCAUUCCGUCAAUGGAGGACAGGGACUAAACACUGGCAUUGCCGAUGCAUUUAGUCUGUCGUGGCGACUAGCAAUGGCCCUGGACAGCUCGGGCAUUCAAGAAAAAGCUCUUGGCGAUAUUGUCCGCAGCUAUGAUACGGAACGACGCAGCACCGCACAAGGCGUCAUCGAUGUCGCUGCUGCUCUUGUUCGCGAUACAGUCAAGGAAGCCAAGACGUACGUUGCUACUAUUCAGAGGAACGCAGGCUACAUUACUGGUAUGGGCGUGGCAUAUGAUCAGAGUGGCUCCCCGAUAGUCAAGGCGUCGGAAGCUGGUAUCUGGAAAGCUGGAUUCCGAUGCCCAGAUGUUCCGAUGGUGUCGGACGAUAAGAAGGAAACCUGGCUCUAUAAAGAAGUCCAGUAUGGCAAAUAUCUGGUGCUCAACGUCGGACUGCCCGCCGUGGAAGCGACUGGAUUCGAUAAGUAUGUCACCACUAUUGAUGUGCAAAAGUCUGGAUCAGAUGCUACUCAGUUCACAGGGGACUGGAUUCAAGAGGCUGAUUGCGCCAUGGUUGUCGUCCGGCCUGAUAUGUACAUUGGCUACGUUGCCAAGGAUGCCGAGGACUGCAAAGCAUAUUUGAGCACACUCUUUACAGAGUAA